AUGGGCCUCGAAGGAGCCAUAGAUGUUGCGCAAGGAAACACGCCUUUCAGCCAAGUCAUCAAUGUCGGCACCAACCGAGGACGACAACAUGGCAAUGGACUUCGGGGCAUCGAUGGAAACGGUGGGAAAGAAAAGGGAGGCAGCAAGAGUGGGAUGACCAGAUGCAUAUGCCUUCGCGACAUGCGAGGGAGGAGAACCGAGGAUACGCUGGACUUCGGAUGUGAUGGAAGAGGAGGACCGGUGAAUGAUAUCAGUCGCCCCGUGGGUUUGGAGUAUUGCAAGAACGGUAUUGGAAGAGGUGUUUAUGAUGGUCCCGAUACCAGCAACCGCCGCAUGUCGAACGGUAAAAGUGCCGGCAAUUGUGCCUGCGCCAAGGACGAUGACACGUGCCUCUCGGUACUCGACGGUCGGAUCAGUGCCAGGAAAGGGGACCUGAGGCCAGAUGGAUGGAAAAGAGAAAGAGCCGCAGUGAAAGGCUUGAAGGGAGGAUGUAACCCCUGGGACGGGGAUCAAGAGUGUCGGCCAGAACGAAGGGCCCAAGCCGACGACAUGCAGCCGACGAAGAUUCCCCUGAAAAAGGACCAGUGUACCGACAGACGGAAGAGGGAUAUCGCUUGGAACGAUCGAAGGCCCGUAUUCGACGACUGUACCGACAAUCCCGAUGCCGAGCACCAAGGGAAGGCGAGAAGCAACGUUAAGAACGCCGAAGUCGCGGAGUUUUUGAUCGGGGGCGAGAAGGGCAGUGGCUUGGACGCGGAUCAAGGCCUCUUCUGA